AUGCUUGUAUCGAUGACGUUUAUUUUCUCUAGUCUUCUCGAGCUGGCGAUAGUUGGCUAUAAAGUACGGGACGAAAGUAAAGUCGGGAACAAGACAGCGUCAAAGAAAACAAAGCCCUUGGUCGAUGGCUCUCCUCGAGGCAGUUCACUAUAUGAGAAACGUUUUAUGUUUCCUCCCGGUUGCAACAACAGUCGAACUGUCACCAAGACGUCAGUUUCAUGGCCUCCAGAAAAAAUCGACUCCAUAUCGAGCAUCAUGUUUCCAGUCAGUUUCUUUGUGUUCAAUGCAUAG